CAAAUACAUCUAAAUUUGUACAUACGGUUGGAGUUAACAUGAGAAAUAUAUAUAUAUCAAUUUUUGAUUACACCAAAGAGCAAGUUGUUCGACAGAUGGAAACAAGCUUAGCUGCAGGAUAGGCUCUGGCUAGUAACUCACUCACUCUUCUGUUGACCAUUGCCACAAUAUUUGCACCUUUAUAAUCAAGUUGAAUGUAGACUGAAAUUUUCUCCAAUGUGAUUUUUUGAUAUUUGAGACUUGAGAUCUUCCGUACUUGUUGAUGAAUCUUUGAUGGUAACCAUUGCUUUUCAACAUCUCUUCGAGAGACAUAAGUUCUUCCUCUGAUUUCUCUAUAAAGCAUAUUCUACUCGCUCUAUAGUAUAGAGUCUUGACUAGUCCACGUUUAAAGCUAUUUGGGCAAAAACUAUUAAAAUGUAGGUAUUGUCCUUUCCAAGUGGGCUUUCGGUAAACUGACCUCUGGAGACUACCGUCUCUUAGGCAUUGCAUGGCAGUGUUGAGGAAGUGGAACUUUCCAUCUUUUCCAUGUUCUAAAUAGUAUAUUCAAUAUUUGUGUGUACGUCAUUGAAUAAUAUGAGUAAGUGGGAAGCACGACUUUCAUUGUUGCACACUACAAAUGUAUCAUCAACAUAUCGACAAUAAGAAGUUGCUUAGUCAAUUUCAUGCUUCAGCUUUGUUCUUUCAUGGUUGGACACGAAUAUAUCCGCUAAAACAGUGCUGGGUGGAUUGUCAGUAGCUAUUUCAUCUACAAAUUAAAAUGUAUCUGCGGGAGCAGUUACAUUUGAACAACAGAAAAUGAACUCAGUGCAAAAUUAGAUUUCCAACGUUUUCCCUACUCAACAGAAAUAUUUUGAAUUAAUCCCAUACAAAAUGAAAGUUAUUCAAGUAACGCUGAUCACAAAUCUCGUUUUUCUUCUGCUACUUCAUUCAGCCGAUGCAUAUACUAUUUUAGAAGGUAAACAAAUCGUGAAGAGAGUAUACACAAGAAGUCAACCAUCUGUAUUGACAGCUACUGCAGGCUUUCAGUCACCUGUUCAGAGUACCAAAGAAAUGAACAAUAGCCACGAGACUGUUUAUACUACUACUAAUAAUAAUAAUGGAGUCGGCUUCACAGCUGUUCAUCAUAUUCCACAAGAUUCAACAUCUAAUUAUGUCAUGCCUAAUUUUAUAACUGGGGCCCAUCUCAUACCCGCAGAUGCAUUAUAUUCAGAUGCUAAUAAAGAAAAUUCAACACAGUGGUCUUUUUCAACGCCAUUCGUUCCAUCAGCUGCAUCGAAGUUGGACAAGGAUGCUACUAGUACUACUACCACUACCACUGAUGGCGAAAGUACUUCAACUGACUCUUUAUCGUAUGAACAAGAGGAUAGGAGAGAAGAAACACAUUCAUUUGGAGGAGGAAGUCGAAAAGAGGCUGUAGAAACGGGGACAAGUUUACCACAAUUUCAUUCAACUUAUCCGUAUGACAGCUAUUACGAUUUGCCAGAGGAAAUGAGGAAAUACCAAGUCGUGAUAUCAUCAGACAUGGAUCCUUCAUAUUAUAUGGAUCAGCCAAAUGAUGGUGUCAACUCAGUGAAUCGUUUUGCAUGGCCUCAAAACAAAGAAUACAGUCAGACAGCUGAAAAUGAGGUUCAAUUCAAACAAGGUGUACUUACAGAAGACCAGCAAACUAAAGAACCAGCACGACCUGUCUACCAUUCUCCAAUUCGUUGGGCAGUCAGAGAUAUAGCUUCACUUGGACAACCAUCACAUAUUGCUUGUAGCCAACCAUUAGACCGAGGUGUUGGUUCCAAUGAAUUAUCCUCCUGGUACUAUGAUUCAAGAGAUGGUCGAUGUCGCUGGUUUGGUUACCGUGGUUAUGGUGGAAAUGCGAAUAGAUUUUACAGUCGAGCAGCUUGUGAAGAACUGUGUGUUAAAAACAACCAAAAUUUGUGUGAGGUUGCUAAAUGUCCAAAAUCAAUAACAUCCUGUAUCCUUGUUGGAGAUGAUUCAUGCAAGCUGUAUAAACAACAGCAUUCUAAAUCAUGGGAAGCUGAAUGCCCACCGGAUCAACCAGUAUGCGUAACUAAACGUAAUACAAGAAUGGCACCAGAUAUCGAAUUUGAAAAUGUCCCAUCUGAAUGUCGUCAACAACCUGAUCCAGGAUCGUGUCAAAUUAAAAAUCCAUCACAGAACUUUUUCUAUGAUUUAGAAAGUAAUGAUUGUAUGUCAUUUUAUUUUCAUGAAUGUGGUGGAAAUGAUAACCGGUUUGUUACAAAAUCAGAAUGUAUGAGUCAUUGUUCACCUUGAGAGAUGAACAAAAGGAAAAGAUGACCCGCGCGUGAUCAAUUUCUGUCAUUCAUUCAAGGCGCUUCCAUUUUCCCAGCGCACAACCCCAACCCAACUAAAAUUCAUCACUGUCAUCAUAACUGCCAUCAUCAUCGUCAUUAUAAUCAUUGGUUACUAUCAUUAUCGUCUUUGCCAUCAACAAAAAACUGAAAAUGCCAUUUAUAGAGUACUGAAAUUAUGGAAAGUAUAACCCACUUUUUAUAAGUAGUAUUGUUAUUAGUAUAAACAAAUUAUUAUUCAAAUAUUUUCAAAAACAAGACCAAUAGACAUUUAUCAAAACACUCUGAAUUUUGUCUCUAAUGGAAUGUGAUAACUAGUCAUGUUAUUCACUGGUAUUUCUGAUUUUAUUUAAUCGUGAAUAAUGAAUAGUUUCAUUGUAAUUAUUAAACAGUAAGAAAAGUAAUGAUUAUAAUAAUGACAAUAACUAAUUUUACGGUUUAUUAUUUCUGUUACCUAGCAGUAAUGAUGCAUUAAUAUGCUUAUACUAUUCAUAACAUUACGAAUAAUAAAAAGGCUUGUUUUCA